CGCAGAUCUAAGUUUGUGUGGAUCUGACGGCCUACAUUUUUGGCACAUUCGUUUAUAUUCAUAGCCCUAUAAACCCUAAUUCCCUUCUCAGUCGCUCUCCUCUCUCUAAGCUCCCCAGAGGUUCUUGCGGCUCUGUUUUUGGUUUCUGCGAUCUACAACAACCAAGAUGGUGCUCCAGAACGAUAUCGAUUUGCUGCAUCCACCAGCUGAGCUCGAGAAGAGGAAACACAAGCUCAAGCGUCUUGUGCAGUGUCCUAACUCUUUUUUCAUGGACGUUAAGUGCCAAGGAUGCUUCAACAUAACCACCGUGUUCAGUCACUCGCAAACAGUUGUGGUUUGUGGGAACUGCCAGACAGUGUUGUGCCAGCCUACUGGUGGGCGUGCCAGGCUCACUGAGGGUUGCUCUUUCAGAAGGAAGGGAGACUGAUGCUCAAGCUUUGAUUGCAUUGAUGUGUAUUUGGAGAAUUGAGAAAGGGCUUUUUGAGGGUUGAUUAAGGUUAAAAUGUGGGUGCUCCUCAUUUUUGUUUUGCUUUUUAGUUUUUAAUAUGUAAUUUGUUAGGGGCGGCGUUCUGGACCUUGUCAUGGGAGUGCUAUGUUAUGCAUCUGGUUUAGUUAUGUUUGGUGGUUUACAUUUUCAAUUACCCUUCAGAUGAAGUAUUGUUUGAAAUUUUCAUGUCUGCCCUUUUCAGAUUAAAUGACAGGUUAUCGAUGAACAAGUUCUUUUGCAUGAAAAUGUUUCAUAUCUAUCUUCUUUGUUGUUC